CAAAAUACAAAACAACGACUUGGCAGGCGUCGAAGGAGGCCUCCGUUCAGUAAUGAAAGAGAUCGUGGCUGCUGCUAGCGACGAUGACCACAAAUGGCACCGUCUCCCGGUGUAUAUUUCGACUAUCUCUGAUCGUUAACAUUUUGUAUGACAACAAAGCAGGUUGGUAAAUGUCCGCUAAUUGAAUCCUAAGGUGCUUUUCCCCUUCGGAUCAAAACAGCAGACUGCCGCUAAUCGGCUUCGAAAGGUACACAUGCAAAUGUGUGUAAUGCUAUUAGCAAUCCGCAUACACUGAAGCUUUAUUUCGCCGGGAAGGUAGCGGUCCCCACUUCGCUGUAGCCAGUUGCUAAACAUGCCGAUUGGUGCCGGCUGGUGGGAUCCCACGGUUACUCACUUGAGCCCUUCUUUUGGAAUUCCGUCUCUCGCGUCUUCUAGGGGAGCGAAUGGGCCACGACAGUAGGUCAGGGGAAAACGAGGACUGACAAUUAGGAAGGAAAUACGGAAAAUUUGGGGAGGGGGACAGAGGACAAAGGAAGAAUAUCCUAAAAUUAAAAAAUAAAAACAUUUUAGAUUGCAAGAUGUUAAAACAAUAAGUGCUAAAGAAAAGUGAAGAGGAUUUUAUAUUUUUAUUACACAGAAAAGAAAAAUAAGGCGAGAAAGGAAGGUUCAUGAGCAAAAAACCUAAGAUUUAACAAAAAAAUCAAGUAAAUACCAAGACCACAGGUAAAGACGGCAGGGGUCGUGAUAAUUACAGAACCAGAGUCAAGCUUUAACAAAUACACAUCACGUGCUAAAACGUGCUGAUGCAGUAGCGGACAACAACGCAGACAAGAGAGUGGCUUGCUUUUUUUUUAGACUUUACUGAUCGGAACGCAAACGCAAAAGAGGACAAACGGGCGCGAAGGACGGGGGCCACCUCCCGAAAGCGCCGCCAAGAUGUGCGACAUGGACUGUCUCGACAACCUGAUCGCCAACACGGCUUACCUGGAGGCGCGCAAGAGCGGCGACGGAGGCACCAGGGAUAAGGCUCGCCGGAGCAUCGUGCUGCCCACCCUGACGCAGGGCCGGAGCUUGCGCAAAACCAUUCCGGACUCGAGCGUCGACUACGGCUCCGUGUGCGAGGCUCAGCCGAUCGGCAGGCACUUCUUCCGCGAGUUCCUCGACUCGCAGCCGCAGUACUCGAGCGUCGCGGCUUUCGCGGACGCCGCCACCAAAUUCGAGUUGGCCGAGGAUGACGGCGGCGGCGGCGGCGUCGGCGGCGGCCGCGGGGCGAUGCUUGACGAGGCGCUCGCGUUCCUGCGGCGGGACUCCGGCGAGCGCCCGGCGUUCGUGAGCGAGUCGCUCGCCGCCACCGCGGGCUCGUCGGACGCGGCGGAGCGAGAGGCGGCGAUCGCGCUCGCCAAGCGAGAGAUGAGGACGUUCCUGUCGGGCGCGCCGUUUCGCGGGUUUCUCGGGAGCGCCUUCUACGAGAAGUUCCUCCAGUGGAAGGUGCUGGAGAGGAAGCCCAUGACCGACAAGAACUUCUACGAGUUCCGCAUGCUCGGCAAAGGCGGCUUCGGAGAGGUGUGCGCCAUGCAGGCCAAGAUGUCGGGCAAGAUGUACGCCUGCAAGAAGCUGGAUAAAAAGCGCCUGAAGAAGAAGAACGGCGAGAAGAUGGCGCUGCUCGAGAAGGAGUUGCUCGAGAUGGUGAACAGCGCCUUCGUGGUGCAGCUCGCUUACGCGUACGAGACCAAGACGCACCUGUGCCUCACCAUGAGCCUCAUGAACGGCGGCGACCUCAAGUACCACAUCUACGAGAUGGGCGAGCUGGGCCUGGAGAUGGAGCGCGUCCUCUUCUACGCCGCCCAGAUCACCUGCGGCAUGCAGCACCUGCACGCCCUGCGCAUCAUCUACCGCGACAUGAAGCCCGAGAACGUGCUGCUGGACGAAGCGGGCCACUGCCGCCUCUCCGACCUGGGCCUCGCCGUGCUGCUCAAGGACGACGGGAUGAAGAUCACGGAGAGGGCUGGCACCAAUGGCUAUAUGGCCCCCGAGGUGAUCAACGGGGAGGGAUACACCUACAGCUGCGACUGGUUCUCCCUGGGCUGCACCAUCUACGAGAUGAUCGCCGGGCGGACGCCCUUCAAGGGCCACAAGGAGAAGGUGACCAAGGACGAGGUGCGCCGGAGAACGCUGGAGGACAACGUGGCCUACUUACACCGAAACUUCUGCCCCAACUCCAAGAACAUCUGUGACCAGCUGUUGGCCAAAAAGCCAGCAAACAGGCUGGGCUGCCGCGGUGACGACGACAACCCGCGCAAGCACCCGUACUUCCAAAGCAUCAACUUCUUCCGGCUGGAGGCCGGGCUGGUGAAUCCGCCAUUCGUGCCCGACCCCGGCAAGGUGUACGCCAAGGACAUCAGCGACAUCAUGGAGUUCUCGGAGGCCAAGGGCAUCGAGAUCAACGAGAAGGACCAGAUGUUCUACUCAAAGUUCUCCACGGGCUGCAUCCCGGCGACCUGGCAGGAGGAGAUGAUCGAGACGGGCCUCUUCGAGGAGCUCAACGACCCCAACCGCGUCGUGGACGUCGAGAAGGGCCGCAUGAGCAACGGCAACCGAUCGAGCACCUGCAUCCUGCUGUAGGCCUCACGGCCCUGCCAAGCUCUGUCGCUGUGUGUGCGUGUGGCCUGCAAAGCGCGGCCGAUGACUGACGGGGGGAGGGGGGUGAAUGUGUGCUGAGAGUCUUUGGCGCAUUCCGCAAAUAUCUGAAAUUCGGGCCCUCGGUACGAAGUUUCGGACUCUCCUUCUUUGCGCCUGGAUGAACGUAAAAAAAAACACGCCCGAAAGCAAUUUAGAUGUUUAGGUCGAGUUUAAUUGAGCCGAUUGAUGGAGUUUGUGGAGGUGUUGCGCAGCUCCUCCGUUCAUCGGUCGAGCGAUGGUGUGGAGCAGUGAGUCGGGUAGGACACGAUCCGAUACUAUAUUGCAUUGCCCUUUGAAUAAACAACAAAAUACAGCCAUAAUGCAGGUUUAUUUUUGGGUUAGAUCGCGUAAAUAUAAAAGUGUCGUUAAACCCGCCACCACUCGACACAGCCAAUUAGUAAGGUUUGUCACGU